GUAUGAGAUGCUCGCUAGAUGCUUCCGGAGCGUCGGCAGCCUCAUACCACAUUGCCACGUUUACCCACGGUGCUGAAACACUACCGAUUGUAUCUAGGCUAGCAAUGGAAUCGUUGACAAGAGCUCCAACGCCAUCCACGGCGCCGUGUCACGUUGUACUACUCGCCUGCCCCGGCGUCGGCCACCUCAUACCGCUGGCCGAGCUUGCAUGGCGGCUCGUCGAGCACCACGGGUUCGCGGCCACGCUCGUCACCUUCAAUGGCCUCCCCGGCCCGGAAGCCUGCAUCCCUCCCACCGUCUCCACGGCCGCGCUCCCCGCCGUCCAGAUGGACGAUCUCCCCGCCGACGCCCGUCCUCUCACCGUGCUCGUUGAGCUUAUUCGCCGCUCCCUCCCCAGCCUCCGCACCCUGCUUCGCUCCAUCACCCCGCUCGCCGCGCUGGUGCCAGACUUCUUGUGCUCCGCGGCGCUGCCCCUCGCCGCCGAACUCGGCGUCCCGGGCUACGUCUUCGUCCCCACCAGCCUAACAUUGAUCUACCUGAUGCGCCGCCUGGUGGAGCUCCACGAUGGCGCUGCCCCUGGCGAGUACCGCGAGCUCCCGAUGCCACUCGAGUUCCCCGGUGGCUUGUCGCUGCCCCUCGCAGACCUUCCGCUGCCGUAUCAUGACAUUAACAACUUGGUUUACGCGCACACCUUGGAGGCAGGCCAGGAAUACCGCCUUGCUGACGGCUUCUUGUCCAACACCUUCGACGAGAUGGAAGCUGCCACCGUGGAAUCGUUCAAGCAAGGCGCGUUCCCGCCGGUGUUCCCCGUGGGGCCGUUGGUCCGAUCAAACUCCGACGACGAAGCUGGAGGCUCCUGGCCCAUGCUCCAGUGGCUGGAUCGCCAGCCGACAAGGUCGGUGGUGUACCUCUCCUUCGGAAGCGCUGGAGCGCUGUCUGUUGAGCAGACAGCCGAGCUCGCCGCUGGGCUAGAGGCGAGCAGCUACAGGUUCCUUUGGGUGGUGCGGAUGCCAAGCCUGGACGGCUGCUCUUAUGCCUAUGGGAGCGGCGGCGACGACGACGACCCAUUGGCGUGGCUUCCCGAUGGCUUUCUCGAAAGGACCAAGGGCAGGGGCCUCGCCGUGCCGGGGUGGGCGCCUCAGGUGCGCGUGCUGUCUCACCCGGCGACGGCGGUCUUCGUGUCGCACUGCGGGUGGAACUCGGCGCUGGAGAGCGCGGUGUACGGCGUGCCCAUGCUCGCGUGGCCGCUGUACGCGGAGCAGAGGAUGAACGCCGUUGUGCUGGAAAGGAGACUCGGGGUGGCGCUGCGACCGCGACCGCGAGAGGAUGGCAGCGGCGUGGUGGCUCGCGAGGAAGUCGCGGCAGCCGUGAAGGAGCUCAUGGAGGGGGAGAAGGGACGUGCAGCGCGGCGCCGGGCUGGCGACCUGCAGCAAGCGGCGGCGCGCGCUUGGUCGCCGGAAGGGUCGUCGCGCCGGGCGCUGGAGGGUGUCGCCGCCAAGUGGAAGGCAGCGCUCACCGUGCGUGACGGCACCAACCGUAAUUGAGAAUUGGGAGCAUGUGGAUGCAGCGCUCAAUGU